AUUUAAAAAUUUUCGGUCUAGAGCACCCUAAUCCUACAGAGAAAGUCGUCCUGAGAGUGUGUACCCGUACCCCCCGAGCCGGUCCUCUGUCCGCGUGUUGCCCCUGUUUUUUUUUGGCUAAUUAUAUAGCGAGAGAGACCUGAACAUGGAAACAUCGCCAGCAGCAGCCGCCGCUGAAGAGGCUGCCGUCGUAGUAGAACCUCCUGGCCAAGAACCAGUAUCGGAAACGAUCCAACGCAGACCACCACCCCGCAUCACGUUCAGCGAUAAUUCCAGCUCUUUAAUCCGCUGCAUUCCCAACGAGCGGGCAACGUUCUUUGUGAAAAUCGAUUGCGAUGAGGAUGAGGAGUCCGAAAUGCUGCCCUUCAAAUUCGAAUGGAGCCGUGGGGAGAUACCCAUUGAGAACUCCGAUCGCUUUCGGAUAACGCAAACCAGCAAUGCCGUCCAGCUGGCCGUGGAGCACGUGCAGCGGGAGGAUGCCGGGCAUUACACGCUGUUCGCACGAACGAAAAGCAACGAUGUGGUGCGCAGGCACGUCGAACUCAUUGUCGAGGACAGAUCGACCGGAGACGAUCCGCCUGUGUUCCUGCGGCGCCUGGUCGAUCUCUCUGUCAAAGUGGGUACACGAACACGUCUCCUCACCGAAAUACGCAGCUCAACAGAUCUUAAGCUUACAUGGUACAGAAACGACAGGAGAGUGUGUGAGAAUGAUCGCAUUACAGAGAUCAACGAGGGCACGUUUCAUUACCUGGAAGUGAGCCCCGUGACAUUGGAUGAUGGCGGUCAGUGGAUGCUGAUGGCGGAAAAUUUUGGCGGUCGAAACUCGUGUCUGGGCACUGUGAACGUGCUGGUUCCCAAGGCGUACAAGACGCCGGAGUUUGUGGAGGAGCUGCGGGCCGUUCUGACAGAGCAGGGAACUGUUUCGCUGGAGUGCAAGGUGGUGGGGGUGCCCACGCCGCACUUGCGCUGGUUCAAGGACUCCAAGGAGAUCAAGGCUGGCGAUAUCUUUGCACUGACCGCCAAUGCCGAUGAUCCCACAUCUCUCGGGACGUACACCUGCGAGGCGAGGAACUGCAUGGGCGUCACCUAUUCUAGCUCCAAGGUUCAUGUGGUGGGACGCGGCAGUCGGGAGGGCUCUCUAAAGCCAGCGGACAACGUUUCGAGCAAUGCGCCGCCUCCGAUAUUCACAAACGAACUGCGGGACAUGAGCAUCCACAUCGGCGAGACAAUCAUUCUCGGCUGUCAAGUGGUGGUGCCGCCCUGGCCCAAGAGCGUCAGUUGGUACAACACCGAUGGACGUGUGGAGACCGCCGAGCGAUAUAAACUAAUUGAAGAUGGCCUGGGCGUCUACAUGAUCGAGAUUAAGCCAUCGGAGUCCUGCGAUGCCGGGGAAUGGAAAUGUGUGGUCACCAGCUUUGAGGGCUGUGUGGGCAUCUCCACCUGUGCAGUUAACAUGGACAUUCCCAGAAACUAUCGCAAGCCUCGGUUCAUGGAGAGUCUUCGUGCCGUUCUAACUGAAGAGGGUCUUGUCUCCUUUGAGUGUAAAGUGGUGGGCUUCCCAACGCCAGUGCUCAAAUGGUUCAAGGAUGGCCAUGAAUUGAAGCCUGGUGAUGUUUACCAGCUGACAGGAACCAAUUCCUUGGGCACCUACUGCUGCAUUGCCCGUAACUGCAUGGGAGAGACGAGCAGUACGGCCGUGCUCACUGUGGAGGACAUACAAAAUCAGCUUACCGAUGAAGAGCGCAUGGUAUUCACGCAACAGAACCAGGCACCCAAGUUUCUGACGGGCCUAAAGAGCACCGAUGCCAAAAUCAACGAACCCUUCCAGUUCAAGGUGGCGGUGAAGGCCACCCCGGAUCCCAUACUGUCCUGGUUUCGGGAUGAGCUGCCCAUCGAUCCGAACGACAGAUAUAAUCACUAUCGUGGCGAAAACGACGACUGCUGGCUGCUGGACAUAAAGGCCGUCGAGUUUGUGGAUCAGGCUGAAUGGAAGUGUGUUGCCGUCAAUGAUUUUGGCACCAGCAUAACGUCUUGCUUCCUUAAGCUUCAGAUACCCCGGCACUAUAAGAAGCCUCGCUUCCUCGAGUGUCUUCGAGCGGUGCUCACCGAGGAGGGAGCCGUAAAUCUCGAGUGCAAGGUCAUUGGCGUGCCCCAGCCGGUGCUCAAGUGGUACAAGGAUGGUGUGGAACUGAAACCCGGCGAUAUUCAUCGAAUCAUCUCUGGCCAGGAUGGCACUUGCUGCCUGGGCACGUACACAUGCGAGGCCAGGAACUGCAUGGGUGUCGUCGCCAGCUCUGCAUCGCUUCUGGGCUUUGAGGACGCCCAAAGAAGUCAGAGCCAGGGCCAGAAGAGUGAGCCGCUGCACGAAAACGAGCUGCAGAGGAACUACUCGCUCUCCACAAUUCAAGAGGAGCGCACAUCCCAGAUGUAUGAGACGCCCGUUGGCGACAUAACCAUUGACGAGAAGGGCGAUGUGUCAUUCUCCUUCGAUGGCAAAGAGGUCUCCGUUUCGCUCUACGAAACGCCGGAUCUCACCGAGGAGGAGGCCCUCAAGAUUGUCGAAAUGUAUGCAGAUCAAAUAUCUGAGCACGUGACGGAGCACAAUAUCGUUGAGCUGCCACCGUUGCGCUUUGUCAAGGAGACUUCGCAGUCGGGAAAGCUACUGAUGGAGGCUGUUGUCAUUGAUAUAGCGCCCGAGUAUUUCAGCCAUGAGGAGGAUAUGCGCACCGAGGCGGAUAUGGAUGACAUAUCAAUUACAGAGAUCACAGUGCAUGGAUCGUCCGGAAGGGAAGGAAAACUCGACAAAGACACGCAGCAAUAUGUGCAAGAAUCCUUUGAGAAAAUGGAAGAGGAACUGUCGCUGUCGGCCCCCAUACGGAAGCGGAAAAAGUCGCGACCCACUGAGACAGAUGAGUUCUUCAGCCUGUCCAAGGCCUCGGCAUCGGGUAGCCAGGAAGGGGAGGAGGAGACAUCGGAUCUGCAGACCUUUGCCAGUGCCCAAAUGUCCACAUCCCAGAAGGUAGCCACCCAUUCAGCAUCUCAGGCCAGUCCGGAGCAGGACCCAGAGUCAUUGUCGGCACCAAAGAGGAAAAAGUCCAAGAAGCCAUCAGCCGACAGUGAUUCAUCAAAGACCAAUGAGGAUGAGGCACGGCUGCAGGACAUUUCCGGUGCAGUGGGUGAUGGUCUCUUGGUGACCCCAAAAUCCCACCCAAAAGCAGUCACCGACGAGAGUGAAAUCAAUCGAAAUCUUAUGGCCCUAGUGCCCCUAGCAAAGCUUCUCAAGGUAAUUGAGAAAUAUCUCACGGUAGUGGAGAACGAGGUGGUGGAGCAGUCCACCAUGAUGAUGACGGCGGCUGCCGCAGAUCAGAGCAUUGCAAUCAUCCGUAACAUUAUUGAUCCUAUCAAGCAAAUCGAAUCGAAGCUACGCGUCUACUCUGGCGAGACACAGAUCGAUGGCCUCAUCCAGUCCAUGGACGAGGACAUACGCAAACUCCACAUGGGCUUGCAGGUAAUUGAAAAGUGUGUGGAGAUAGAUGAGACUGGGGCAACGCUCAUACAGCGCACCAGUGUCUGCAUCAUUGACAGCGUGGCAGAUCAAAUGAAGCGGGCCCUGGAAGAGCUGAAAAUCGUCAGCCGACGAUUUGAGUCGGAGUGCCUAAGGGCACAAAUAGAGCUCACCGCCGAUGACAUCCAGCAGGGGCUGGAUAUUACACAGGGCACCAUUAAGUCGCAGGCACUGCUUCAGGAAGCACAGGAACUGGAGGCAGCUAAGCAUUUUACCGAAGCCGUCGAGAAGAUGCAGGAUGUGCCCGACUCUGUAUCCUUUGCCACCAUAUCGGAAGCCAAUUUGCCCAGCGAAGCGAGCGCCCUCAAGGAGAUUUGCCAUCCAGUGGCAAGGAUACAAGAGGCACUGGAACGUGUAGAGAUGGAGCUCUCGCUGGAGGACUCGGAGGAGCAGAUCUACAAGAAAGUGCAUCAGAAAGUGCUCGAAAGCAUUGUGGAGCCCAUUAAACAGCUGCAGAGUACCCUGCAGUCCAUCGAAGACAAGACCGAAUCCCUGGCAGGAUCCGAGUCUAUGGAGCAGAAAAUCAAUAUGGCCAUCCUUGAUAUUGUGACGCCGCCGCUGUUCGAGCUCAAUAAGGGACUCGAGGUUAUUCUUAACGAGAAAUCUGACAGUGUGGAGGGAGGCAUGCUUACAGUUAGCACCGUGGAAUCGAUGGUGCCGCCCCUGCAGGAGAUACAGAAUGGCCUGGCGCAGCUAGGACAAGAUCUGGAAAGUGGCCAGGCCGCGAUGACUGAGGUGGCAGAGCAAGAGCUCCGAUCCGAACCCGCACUGGAUGUGGCCGAUACGCAGAAACUCCUGCAGUCGUUUGCCCAGGCUGUUUUGCAUUUUGAAACUAACAUUGAGAGGAUUUCGCCUCGCCUCUCGUCGAAUGUGAAAGUCCGCUUGUUAAAUCUGAAGGAUGAGCUAUCGGCAUUGAUUGGCACCAUCCUAGACAGAGAUAUAACCAGGCAUCACGUGGAGCUGCUCGACAGGCUCAAGCGGCCGGUGGAUGAACUCAACUACUGUAUUCGCCAGACAGAGGUCAAGACUAUUUCCGGCUCGUUAGCAGAUCUAAUUGAGCCACUGAGCAUGUUGCAGGAUAACACCCAGAAGGGCCAUGGCCUGCUACUCAUUGCACGGGAGCCCGAUCAACAGGCACUGCAAACGCUCGACAACAUUAGAAGUAUCAUUCGCAACGCAAUUAUCGAUAUUGAAGAGCACGAGUUUAAGAUUCUUCAGCAAGAGAUCCAGGAGGAUGAACAGCAGGCCUCGCAGCAGCAGCAGGACAAAUCAUUUAGCGCACUACGGCGAGUGCUCGAGACAAAAGUCUCCCUUGAUGAGGCCAUUAGUAACAUUGAAACAUUGCAGGUGGCAUUAAACAAAAUGAGUGAAAGCCCCAGAGCCAAUGAAAUUCUCAAGGCAUCCGCAAACGAAGCUCAAGUGUCGCUUUUGCGUAUCCUGCAGAUUGCCAAGGGGCUGGCAACCUUCAGCGAGGCGGAGACUACUCUCGACGUGAACGAGGCAAACACAUCCAGACUCUUGUUCGAGUGUGGUAAAAGCUUUGCUGACCUGGCCAGAGCCCUUGAUAAUCCAGCAGAUCAGUCGGAAGGUGAUUUCCUAAAUGCCCUUCAUCAUUUUAGCGAACUUGUUGGCCAACAGAAUCAGAGAUCAGGCGAGAAACUCAGCAUAGCCGGUCCGCUCACUAGCCUGAUUCAAGUGCUCGAAAGAGUUCACCCUUUGAGGGCAUCUGUGGAAGAUCUAUCGGAAACAUUGGACGAUGUCUCAGUGCUAAAGUCGAUUGCAGAGUCAUUGCCCACGGAGCCCGAAGCAGAGCCCUUAAGCGGCGAUAAACCUUCACCAAAUGUAGGUGCCUUGCUUGCAGACCUAAACCAUGGAAUAGCUUCGGUUUUAUCUCAUUGUGAAGACGUUGAUGUGACUUCUCUAGCCAGCAAUGCUGGCCAGCAGGUCCAUGCAAUCAAAGUCAAGAUGCAGGAACUACAGAACAGCAUCGCUCUGGUGCAGGAGACAAACUUCGUGGAGGCUGCUCAUUCUUUGUCGGAGUCCAGUCAUCAGGGCACUUUUGCUGAGGCCCUCUGCAGCCUGGAACGCUGUGUCCUGCAUGUGGAGGAGUGUAUUGCCCACAGUGGAGUCGAGAAUAUAAGUGAACUGGAACUUUCAAAACUUAAAACAUUGGCCACACCGCUGCGCGAUGUAAGGGAAUACUGUGAACAGAUCGAUACUCAUGUGUUGGAGCAUGCCAUCGAUUUAUCCACGCAGGACGAUAUCUCGGACCUUAAGACCAGUGGGCAUAAGCAAACCGUUUCGGAUAACAUCCAAGGGGUAGCUGCCGUGGAGGAAGAGCCAAGGGUCGAAUUAUUUGAUAUAAAGCAAGGUGUGGCGAGUGGCAUCAAACAGCUCGAGGCCUGCCUGGAGGUCACCCAGACCGAUGCCAGCAAAGAAAUCCAGCAAGUGGGUGAAAUAAUGGAGCAGCUAAAGUCCGAUCUAAAGAGCAUUCAAGCCGCCCUUGUCUCGGACAACGAUCAGCAGGAAACUGUCUUGGCUCAGGCGAAAAUAGCUCGGACCAUGUUCAAAUUGAAGGAGUGUCUAGUGCACACCUAUGAAUCGGGACUGGUUGACUCUUUGGAGAAUGUGGAGAGUGCUUUCGAGGACAUACUACUUUCUUUGCCAGUUCUAGAGACCCAAUUGGCAGAGGAGAUGUUUGGCAAAAUCGAGCAAGUCUUCAAGAACUUCGUUGUCCAUUGCCAGAGUGCAGAAGCACAGGAGCUUAUCACCCUGAAGGCACCCAUUGGGAAUCUUUUGCAUUCCAUAGAAGCUGUAGCCGGUCAACCCAACGUUGAUAUCGAAAAAUCAUCUGCGGUAGUGGUUCAGCUUCAGACUAGUCUGAUGGCUGCAUUCAGAAGUCUCAAUGAGGUUAGCGAUGCGGCCAGCAAUGAACUAUUGGGUGGCCUGCUAAAAACUCAGAGCAGCCUGGUGACCGUAUUUGAUUUCAUUGAGAACAACGAGAACUCGAUUCGAAUCAUAGAACUGUUGCAGGAAAUCGAUUCCAUUACUGGUGACUUGAACGCCCUGAACCAGAUUCCAUUUGAACAGACAGUGCCCAUUGACAUUGGAAUGAUAAUCGAAAACGUAUCGUCAGGUAAAGCCUUCCUAACUGAAAUCGAGGAGGGACUGCAAGCCAACAAUCCCCAAAGCAUUCUUUUGCUCGACGAAAACACGGAGGAUAUUGCUCAGUUGGAAUCAACACUAAUUCAAAUAGAGAAAGAAAUUCUUUGUCAGCCUCAACUAACGCAGAUAACCGCACAGCAAUUCACUCUCAUAGAAACCCUGCAGCUGCAACUGAAUAAUCUCAAAGAGAAGCUAACAGAACUGAAUGUUUCACUUGCUGAACUCCAUAAAGAAUCGGAAUCGGCCCAGGAAUCAGAAGAGAAAGAGGUCCUUUGGGAAGACACUGAACCCGAAACCAAAAAGCCAAAGGUAAUCGAUGAACCUAUUCAGCCAGCUGAGAAGGAUAUCAGGCAAGAUGAUCAAAAUGUAGAUAGAUAUAGAUAUAUAUCUGAGACUCCUGGACAGAUAUCAGAAGAACAGGUCAAAGAAAGUGGGAUGCCAGUUGAGGAACUGCAGGCCGAUGCUAAAAAAGAAAUUCACACUGGGGAGGAUGCUGACAAGAAGACACAAAAGUCAGAAACUUUGAAGGAAAAGUUGUUGGAUCUAUUCAAGGCACUUGUUCUCAACACAAAUAACGAGGCAUUGCAAUCAAUUGUGACAGAAAGCCAAGAUAUUAUCGAAAAUCUCAGUGAUGUUGACAAGGUAGCCAAGUCCAUUUUUAAAUUACGAGAACAUAUCGUUCACACCUAUGACGGAAAGCCAGGAAAUGAACAAAAUGAUAAGCAACUCGCGGAAGAGUUUAUCGAAGACCUUCUUGCGGCCUGCCCAGACGCAGCUGAGCAACUAAUACACAACUAUCUUAAGGAAAUUAAGACAAACGUAAUUUUAACUAAAGCUUCCAUUCAGCUUAUCGACGAGAGCAACAUGUUCACCAAACCAUCCCUGUUGGUGCCGAAACUAGUUAAUCUGGAAAGGAUUUCUGAGAAAAUUCAGUCUACGCAACAUUUAGAUAAGUCAUCUGAAAAGAUGAUCAGCUUGCAACAGAAUCUAAUGGACACUUUUAUAAUACUUGAUGACCUACUAGACGAAAAGACGGAAAUCUUAAAGCCAAAGAUUGAUGAAAUUAAGACGAUUUUGCUCGGCGAGUAUGACUAUAUUGAAAAGAAACAAGGAGAUCUUCAUACUGCUAUUGUUCAUGGAAAGAUUCACAAUGUUACUCAGAAGAUGUUGAACAUUUGUGAAGAUCUGAAAGACGUGAUUGGCAAACAAACUCAACAUAGGGAAGCAGAAGAAAUUACAGAGCCUAAACUUCUUACCAUCAAGAAACUUGAUGAAGAAUCCAAACUUUCAGAGGCUAAGACUUUGGAGAAACAAUCCAUCCAAGAACAGCAACUGGAUGAUAAGAUGCAGACGCGGGCUGAAGAGGAUGCAGAGACGGCCAAGAAAGCUGAACUCUCUGACGAUCUUUCUGAAAAGAUGUCUGAACUCGAAGAGAAACAACUGGAUGAGAAAAAACAAAAGAAAGCUGAGGACUAUGCCAAAAAAAUUACCCAACAGGCAGAAGAUUCUGAGGUUGCUGCUGAUAACAUACCCGAAGAAAAGAUUGAAGAAAGCAAGAAGGCCGAUGUCAAGGAUUCCGAGGCUAAGGCAAAGAAAGCAAAGUCUUUGGAGAAGCAACAACUCGAGGAGAAACAGCUGGAUGAGAAGAAACAGAAGCAAACUGAGAAGGAUGCCGAAAAGAUGGUCCAGAAGGCAGAAGAAUCUGAGGUUGUUGCUGAAAAAAUAUGUGACGAACAGGUAGAAGAAAGCAAGAAGGCCGAUGUCAAGGAUUCCGAGGCUAAGGCGCAGAAAGCAAAGUCUUUGGAGAAGCAACAACUCGAGGAGAAACAACUGGAUGACAAGAAACAGAAGCAAACUGAGAAGGAUGCCGAAAAGAUGGUCCAGAAGGCAGAAGAAUCUGAGGUUGUUGCUGAAAAAAUAUCUGACGAACAGGUAGAAGAAAGCAAGAAGGCCGAUGUCAAGGAUUCCGAGGCUAAGGCGCAGAAAGCAAAGUCUUUGGAGAAGCAACAACUCGAGGAGAAACAGCUGGAUGAGAAGAAACAGAAGCAAACUGAGAAGAAUGCCGAAAAGAUGGUCCAGAAGGCAGAAGAAUCUGAGGUUAUUGCUGAAAAAAUAUGUGAAGAAAAGGUAGAAGAAAGCAAGAAGGCCGAUGUCAAGGAUUCCGAGGCUAAGGCACAGAAAGCAAAGUCUUUGGAGAAGCAACAACUCGAGGAGAAACAACUGGAUGACAAGAAACAGAAGCAAAUUGAGAAGGAUUCCGAAAAGAUGGUCCAGAAGGCAGAAGAAUCUGAGGUUGUUGCUGAAAAAAUAUCUGACGAACAGGUAGAAGAAAGCAAGACGGCCGAUGUCAAGGAUUCCGAGGCUAAGGCGCAGAAAGCAAAGUCUUUGGAGCAGCAACAACUCGAGGAGAAACAACUGGAUGACAAGAAACAGAAGCAAACUGAGAAGGAUGCCGAAAAGAUGGUCCAGAAGGCAGAAGAAUCUGAGGUUAUUGCUGAAAAAAUAUCUGAAGAACAGGUAGAAGAACGCAAGAAGGCCGCUGUCAAGGAUUCCGAGGCUAAGGCACCGAAUGCAAAGUCUUUGGAGAAGCAACAACUCGAGGAGAAACAGCUGGAUGAGAAGAAACAGAAGCAAACUGAGAAGGAUGCCGAAAAGAUGGUCCAGAAGGCAGAAGAAUCUGAGGUUGUUGCUGAAAAAAUAUGUGACGAACAGGUAGAAGAAAGCAAGAAGGCCGAUGUCAAGGAUUCCGAGGCUAAGGCGCAGAAAGCAAAGUCUUUGGAGAAGCAACAACUCGAGGAGAAACAACUGGAUGACAAGAAACAGAAGCAAACUGAGAAGGAUGCCGAAAAGAUGGUCCAGAAGGCAGAAGAAUCUGAGGUUGUUGCUGAAAAAAUAUCUGACGAACAGGUAGAAGAAAGCAAGAAGGCCGAUGUCAAGGAUUCCGAGGCUAAGGCGCAGAAAGCAAAGUCUUUGGAGAAGCAACAACUCGAGGAGAAACAACUGGAUGACCAAAAACAGAAGCAAACUGAGAAGGAUGCCGAAAAGAUGGUCCAGAAGGCAGAAGAAUCUGAGGUUAUUGCUGAAAAAAUAUCUGAAGAACAGGUAGAAGAAAGCAAGAAGGCCGCUGUCAAGGAUUCCGAGGCUAAGGCACCGAAAGCAAAGGCUCUGGAGAAGCAAGAACUCGAGGAGAAACAACUGGAUGACAAGAAACAGAAGCAAACUGAGAAGGAUGCCGAAAAGAUGGUCCAGAAGGCAGAAGAAUCUGAGGUUGUUGCUGAAAAAAUAUCUGACGAACAGGUAGAAGAAAGCAAGAACGCCGAUGUCAAAGAUGCCGAGGCUAAGGCACAGAAAGCAAAGGUUCUGGAGAAGCAAGAACUCGAGGAGAAACAACUGGAUGAGAAGAAACAGAAGCAAACUGAGAAGAAUGCCGAAAAGAUGGUCCAGAAGGCAGAAGAAUCUGAGGUUAUUGCUGAAAAAAUAUCUGAAGAACAGGUAGAAGAAAGCAAGAAGGCCGAUGUCAAAGAUUCCGAGGCUAAGGCACAGAAAGCAAAGUAUUUGGAGAAGCAACAACUCGAAGAGAAAAAACUGGAUGACCAGAAACAGAAGCAAACUGAGAAGGAUGCCGAAAAGAUGGUCCAGAAGGCAGAAGAAUCUGAGGUUGUUGCUGAAAAAAUAUCUGACGAACAGGUAGAAGAAAGCAAGAACGCCGAUGUCAAAGAUGCCGAGGCUAAGGCACAGAAAGCAAAGGUUCUGGAGAAGCAAGAACUCGAGGAGAAACAACUGGAUGAGAAGAAACAGAAGCAAACUGAGAAGAAUGCCGAAAAGAUGGUCCAGAAGGCAGAAGAAUCUGAGGUUGUUGCUGAAAAAAUAUCUGACGAACAGGUAGAAGAAAGCAAGAACGCCGAUGUCAAAGAUGCCGAGGCUAAGGCACAGAAAGCAAAGGUUCUGGAGAAGCAAGAACUCGAGGAGAAACAACUGGAUGAGAAGAAACAGAAGCAAACUGAGAAGAAUGCCGAAGAGAUGGUCCAGAAGGCAGAAGAAUCUGAGGUUAUUGCUGAAAAAAUAUCUGAAGAACAGGUAGAAGAAAGCAAGAAGGCCGAUGUCAAAGAUUCCGAGGCUAAGGCACAGAAAGCAAAGUAUUUGGAGAAGCAACAACUCGAGGAGAAACAACUGGAUGAGAGGAAACAGAAACAAACUGAGAAGGAUGCCGAAAAGAUGGUCCAGAAGGCAGAAGAAUCUGAGGUUAUUACUGAAAAAAUAUCUGAAGAACAGGUAGAAGAAAGCAAGAAGGCCGAUGUCAAGGAUUCCAAGGCUAAGGCAAAAAAAGCAAGGGCUCUGGAGAAGCAACCACUCGAGGAGAAACAACUGGAUGAGAAGAAACAGAAGCAAACUGAGAAGGAUGCCGAAAAGAUGGUCCAGAAGGCAGAAGAAUCUGAGCUUAUUGCUGAAAAAAUAUCUGAAGAACAGGUAGAAGAAAGCAAGAAGGCCGAUGUCAAGGAUUCCGAGGCUAAGGCACCGAAAGCAAAGGCUCUGGAGAAGCAACAACUCGAGGAGAAACAACUGGAUGACAAGAAACAGCAGCAAACUGAGAAGGAUGCCGAAAAGAUGGCCCAGAAGGCAGAAGGAUCUGAGGUUGUUGCUGAAAAAAUAUCUGAAGAACAGGAAGAAGAAAGCAAGAAGGCUGAUGUCAAGGAUGCCGAGGCUAAGGCACAGAAAGCAAAGGCUCUGGAGAAGCAAGAACUCGAGGAGAAACAACUGGAUGAGAAGAAACGGAAGCAAACUGAGAAGGAUGCCGAAAAGAUGGUCCAGAAGGCAGAAAAAUCUGAGGCUGUUGCUGAAAAAAUAUCUGACAAACAGGUAGAAGAAAGCAAGAAGGCCGAUGUCAAGGAUGCCGAUGCUAAGGCACAGAAAGCAAAGGCUCUGGAGAAGCAAGAACUCGAGGAGAAACAACUGGAUGAGAAGAAACAGAAGCAAACUGAAAUGGCCCAGAAGGGAGAAGAAUCUAAGGUUGUUGCUGAAAAAAUAUAUGGAGAACAGGUAGAAGAAAGCAAGAAGGCCGAUGUCAAGGAUUCCGAGGCUAAGGCACAGAAAGCAAGGGCUCUGGAGAAACAACCACUCGAGGAGAAACAACUGGAAGAGAAGAAACAGAAGCAAACUGAGAAGGAUUUCGAAAAGAUGGUCCAGAAGGCAGAAGAAUCUGAGGUUAUUGCUGAAAAAAUAUCUGAAGAACAGGAAGAAGAAAGCAAGAAGGCCGAUGUCAAGGAUUCCGAGGUUAAGGCACAGAAAGCAAAGGCUCUGGAGAAGCAAGAACUCGAGGAGAAACAACUGGAUGAUAAGAAACAGAAGCAAACUGAAAUGGCCCAGAAGGCAGAAGAAUCCAAGGUUGUUGCUGAAAAAAUAUCUGAAGAACAGGUAGAAGAAAGCAAGAAGGCCGAUGUCAAGGAUUCCGAGGCUAAGGCGCAGAAAGCAAAGUCUUUGGAGAAGCAACAACUCGAGGAGAAACAGCUGGAUGAGAAGAAACAGAAGCAAACUGAGAAGGAUGUCGAAAAGAUGGUCCAGAAGGCAGAAGAAUCUGAGGUUAUUGCUGAAAAAAUAUCUGAAGAACAGGUAGAAGAAAGCAAGAAGGCCGAUGUCAAGGAUUCCGAGGCUAAGGCACAGAAAGCAAAGUCUUUGGAGAAGGAAGAUCUCGAGGAUAAACAACUGGAUGAGAAGAAACAGAAGCAAACUGAGAAGGAUGCCGAAAAGAUGGCCCAGAAAGGAGAGGUAUCCGAAGCUCUGACUGAAAAGGUAUCUGACGAACCGAAAGAAGAAAUACUCAAAACUAUUGUUACGGAUCCGGCAUCCAAGCCUCAAGGGGAAAAGGCUUUGGAAAAACAGUCUGUCUCAGUAAAACAACUGAAUGAGAACAAGCAAAAGCAGGAUGAGACGGUCGUAGAAAAAGCCAAGAAAGCAGACAUUUCUGAAGAACCCCAAGAACAAUCGGUUUUGGAGGGGCAAUUUAACGAGGAACAAGAAGUGGUUGAAAAAAGGCUAAAGCAGGUUGAGACAGAAGCUGAUAAGAAGGCCCAAAAUGUAGAUACUUUGAAGCAAAAGUUAUUGAUUAUAUCCCAGGCGGUUGCUCUCGGCACACAUAACGAGGCAUUCCAAUUAAUUGUAACAGAAAGCCAAGAUAUUAUCGAAAAUCUCAGUGAUGUUGACAAGGUAACCAAGUCCAUUUUUAAAUUACGAGAACAUAUCGUUCACACCUAUGACGGAAAGCCAGGAAAUGAACAAAAUGAUAAGCAACUCGCGGAAGAGUUUAUAGAAGACAUUCUUGCGGCCUGCCCAGACGCAGCUGAGCAACUAAUUCACAACUAUCUUAAGGAAAUUAAGACAAAUGUAAUUUUAACUAAAGCUUCCAUUCAGCUUAUCGACGAGAGCAACAUGUUCACCAAACCAUCCCUGUUGGUGCCGAAACUAGUUAAUCUGGAAAGGAUUUCUGAGAAAAUUCAGUCUACGCAACAUUUAGAUAAGUCAUCUGAAAAGAUGAUCAGCUUGCAACAGAAUCUAAUGGACACUUUUAUAAUACUUGAUGACCUACUAGACGAAAAGACGGAAAUCUUAAAGCCAAAGAUUGAUGAAAUUAAGACGAUUUUGCUCGGCGAGUAUGACUAUAUUGAAAAGAAACAAGGAGAUCUUCAUACUGCUAUUGUUCAUGGAAAGAUUCACAAUGUUACUCAGAAGAUGUUGAACAUUUGUGAAGAUCUGAAAGACGUGAUUGGCAAACAAACUCAACAUAGGGAAGCAGAAGAAAUUACAGAGCCUAAACUUCUUACCAUCAAGAAACUUGAUGAAGAAUCCAAACUUUCAGAGGCUAAGACUUUGGAGAAACAAUCCAUCCAAGAACAGCAACUGGAUGAUAAGAUGCAGACGCGGGCUGAAGAGGAUGCAGAGACGGCCAAGAAAGCUAAACUCUCUGACGAUCUUUCUGAAAAGAUGUCUGAACUCGAAGAGAAACAACUGGAUGAGAAAAAACAAAAGAAAGCUGAGGACUAUGCCAAAAAAAUGACCCAACAGGCAGAAGAUUCUGAGGUUGUUGCUGAUAACAUACCCGAAGAAAAGAUUGAAGAAAGCAAGAAGGCCGAUGUCAAGGAUUCCGAGGCUAAGGCAAAGAAAGCAAAGUCUUUGGAGAAGCAACAACUCGAGGAGAAACAGCUGGAUGAGAAGAAACAGAAGCAAACUGAGAAGGAUGCCGAAAAGAUGGUCCAGAAGGCAGAAGAAUCUGAGGUUGUUGCUGAAAAAAUAUGUGACGAACAGGUAGAAGAAAGCAAGAAGGCCGAUGUCAAGGAUUCCGAGGCUAAGGCGCAGAAAGCAAAGUCUUUGGAGAAGCAACAACUCGAGGAGAAACAACUGGAUGACAAGAAACAGAAGCAAACUGAGAAGGAUGCCGAAAAGAUGGUCCAGAAGGCAGAAGAAUCUGAGGUUGUUGCUGAAAAAAUAUCUGACGAACAGGUAGAAGAAAGCAAGAAGGCCGAUGUCAAGGAUUCCGAGGCUAAGGCACAGAAAGCAAAGUCUUUGGAGAAGCAACAACUCGAGGAGAAACAACUGGAUGACAAUAAACAGAAGCAAACUGAGAAGGAUGCCGAAAAGAUGGUCCAGAAGGCAGAAGAAUCUGAGGUUAUUGCUGAAAAGAUAUCUGAAGAACAGGUAGAAGAAAGCAAGAAGGCCGAUGUCAAGGAUUCCAAGGCUAAGGCACAGAAAGCAAAGGCUCUGGAGAAGCAACAACUCGAGGAGAAACAACUGGAUGACAAGAAACAGCAGCAAACUGAGAAGGAUGCCGAAAAGAUGGCCCAGAAGGCAGAAGGAUCUGAGGUUGUUGCUAAAAAGAUAUCCAAAGAGAAGCUUGCAGAAAGCAAAAAGGCGGAUAUCAAGGAUUCUGAGGCUAAGGCACAGAAAGCAAAGGCUCUGGAGAAGCAAGAGCUCGAGGAGAAACAACUGGAUGACAAGAAACAGAAGCAAACUGAGAAGGAUGCCGAAGAGAUGGCCCAGAAGGCGGAAGGAUCUGAGGUUGUUGCUGAAAAGAUAUCCAAAGAGGAGGUUGAAGAAAGCCAGAAGUCGGAUGUCAAGGAUUCCGAGGCUAGGGCACAAAAAGCAAAGGCUCUGGAGAAGCAACAACUUGAGGAGAAACAACUGGAUGAGAAGAAACAGAAGCAAACUGAGAAGGAUGCCGAAAAGAUGGUCCAGGAGGCAGAAGAAUCUGAGGUUGUUGCUGAAAAAAUAUCUGAAGAAAAACUUGAAGAAAGCAAGAAGGCCGAUGUCAAGGAUGCAGAGGCUAAGGCACAGAAAGCAAAGGCUGUGGAGAAGCAAGAGCUCGAGGAGAAACAUCUCGAUGAGAAAAAACCGAAGCAAGCUGAGAAAGAUGCCGGAAAGAAGGCCCCGAAGGGAGAAGAAUCUGAGGUUGUUGCAGAAAGCAAGAAGGCCGAGGUCAAGGAUUCCGAGGCUAAGGCACAGAAAGCAAACACUCUGGAGAAGCAACAACUCGAGGAGAAACAACUGGAUGAGAAGAAACAGAAGCAAACUGAGAAGGAUUCCGAAAUUAAGUCUCAACAGGCAAAAGAAAUUGAGGUUGCUGCUAAAAAGAUAUCCAAAGAACGGGUUGAAGAAAGCAAGAAAGCGGAUGUUAAGGAUUCCGUGGCUAAGGUACAGAAAGCAAGGGCUCUGGAGAAGCAACCACUCGAGGAGAAACAACUGGAUGAGAAGAAACAGAAGCAAACUGAGAAGGAUGCCGAAAAGAUGGUCCAGAAGGCAGAAGAAUCUGAGGUUGUUGCUAAAAAGAUAUCCAAAGAGAAGCUUGCAGAAAGCAAAAAGGCGGAUGUCAAGGAUUCUGAGGCUAAGGCACAGAAAGCAAAGGCUUUGGAGAAGCAAGAACUCGAGGAAAAACACCUGGUUGAGAAGAAACAGAAGCAAACUGAGAAGGAUUCCAAAAUAACUGUCCAGAAGGCAGAAGAAUCUGAGGUUGUUACUGAAAAGAUGUUCGAAGAAAAGUUAAAAGAAGUCACGAAGACGGAACAAAAGCAGACUGAGAAGGAAGCCGAAGACGACUCUAAGAAAGUGGAAGUAAUCGAGGCCGUUGAGGUGAAGACAUCCGAGAAAGUCUCAAUAGAGACAGCUCAGAGAUCAGAAUUAAGAAAAAUUGUUUCUGAAGACAAUAUUAUUGACGAAAGAAAGUCCAGCUCUCAACGUGAUGUCGAGAGAAAUCAAAGAGUGGAUGAACCUGCUGACGCCAUCAGUACGCGAUCCUAUAAAUCAAUGGACUCGGAGUACAAGGAUAGAAAGGAAUCACGCAGUGCUAAGCGUAAACCCACCGUGGACAUACAGUUAACCAAUCGAAAUACGGCGUCGGGCAGUGAUCUUAAGUUGACCUGCGGGCUAUCUGGACACGAUAUGAGGGUGGAGUGGUUUAAGCAGAACACUCCGAUCGAGAAUGGGGCCAAGUACAGGAAAACAUUGAACGACGGCCUCUCGUGCCUUGAAAUUAAAUCGGCCGAACUAAAUGAUUCUGGCAUCUACCGCUGCAUAGCGUCCAACCAAAAUGGAGAAGUCGAAACUAGCUGUCUUGUGACUAUAUACGAAGCACCUUCGAGCAAAUUUGGCACCCCGCCAAUAUUUACACGCAACAUUCGAGAUGCAUACCAUUCACAGGGCAAUAGCCUCACGCUGGAGUGCAAGGUAUCGGGAAGCCCAAAGCCACACAUCUACUGGCAGCGGGACAACACCUUGCUGCCACUGGAGAGCAAAAAGUACCAGUAUGCCGAGCAGAGUGACGGCGUAAAGCUCCUGACCAUAGCGAACUUUGGCAGCGACGACUCUGGACUGUACACCUGCUAUGCGGAGAGCGAGAACGGUCAGAUGAAGAUCAGCAAGUUCGUGCAGGCCUCCGACUAUGUGCGCGAGCGAGCGGCUGAAAAGAAACCCAUUGAUAUGGUCAUUCAGGAGAUCAAGCGGGAUGAUGAAUCCUCCGCUUCUGCUGCUGCUAGCGACAAUGCCGCAGCCAAGGCCAAGGCCAAGGUCCGCGAGGACAAGCUGCGGCUCAGCCUGGAGACCAGCUUGAAGACCAUGACUAUUGGCAGCGGCAACAAGGCCCAGAUGAUUUGCUAUGUGACCGGUUUCAUCGAGGAUGUGCACUGGCUGCGGAACGAGGAGCGCGUGACGAAGGAUUCCCGGCACAAGAUCUACAACAUAAACGGGGCCAUCAGUCUGGAGAUAUACGAUGCCCGGGUCGAGGACAGUGGCUACUACAGAUGCGUCGUGAAGAACAGCAAGCAGACUGUGGAGAGUGCCGGACAGCUCAGUGUAUUGGAUCAGACCCACGGACAGCUGCCGGAGAGCUUCUCCAGUGCAAUAACAGAGUCGUACGAUGCACAGCGGAAUGAGAUUGUGCUCAGUUGUCAGGUGCAUGGACGCCCCAGUGUCAGUUGGAUGCGCGACGAUCACACGAUCUGCAACAAUCGCUACAAGACGGUGGAGGAGCCCGGUGGCGUUCGGAAGCUGAUCAUACGCAAUCCCAUAUCCUCCGACUGCGGCAUCUUUGCCUGCUAUGCGGAGCACGAGGAUCGAAUCGAUUCGAUUAGCACCUCCAUCAGAGCCGCCGACCUCAAGCGUCUCAUCACUGUCAGUCCAGACGAAGUGUAUGCGAUUGCGGAUCAGAAUGCGUCCAGUUGGUCGCGUAGUACAUCGCAUAUAAACACAGGAGCUGGUCACGUAAAUGGAAAUGGAGAGCUUCAUCGAGCCGGAGAUCACGUCAUGCGGAGCGUGGGCAAAGCCAAGCCGCUCUUCCACGCUCUGCUGCACGAUCGCACCGUUUCAGAGGGAGUUAAUCUCCGGAUGGUGUGCGCCGUUUCCGGUGAUGAGAACACGCACAUCGAGUGGCUAAAGAACCACAAACCACUGCCCAGAGACACGCGCUACCAGACCCUCUACCAGAACGGAGAGGCCUCGCUGGAAAUCUACGCUGCAGUGGCCGACGACAGCGGCAACUACACCUGCGCUGCCAGCAACGACUUUGGCGAGAGCCUUACUCAUGCCCAGCUGCGUGUCUACAAGCACUUUAAGGAAGCUUCACAGCCAAGUACUUUUACGCAGCCGAUUCGAGACACAUAUUCUCUCAACGAGAAUGAGUUAGUUCUGGAUUGUCGCGUACGUGGCCAGCCCCGCCCCGAUAUUACGUGGAUGAAGGGGAACGAGAUCCUUAGCAGCGAUGAGAAGUACCAGUUAACCGAUCAGGCCGAUGGGUAUGCCAAGCUGGUCAUUGUCAGCCCCACCGAGAAGGACUCUGGCGUCUACUCGUGCGUGGCCCGCAACGAGGGUGCCGAGAACAAGAUGUCUCAUCAAGUGGACUUUAAGGGACGUGAACGGUACACACAGGAGAAGACGUCCGGCUUCUACCAUCGUGACCCCAAUAAGCCGCACUUCCUCACGCCGCUCGGCAAUCAGACCGUCUGCGAUGGCGGUACUGUAGCCAUUUCGGCCGAGUUCAUGCAGACAACCACGCCCCUCGAGGUGAAAUGGUUGCGAGACCGCCAGGUCGUCGAAGGUCCCAAUGUCCAGGCCCUCGCCGAUCGCGGUGUCUACACGCUGACCAUCAUGAAAGCCACGUCAGAGGUUGAGGGCACCUACACCUGCCGCGCCUCGAACGCCUACGGACGGAUCGAGUCGCAUGCCAAUGUCGAUGUGGCUGUUGGUGCCGAAAAGGACGAACGGCCACCGCUGUUCCUGUCUCGCCCAGAUACCGAAAUGAAGAUCGCUGUGGGUGAUCCCUUCUCGUUUGCCUUCCGUAUUGCCGGCGAACCGAAACCAAAGCUCACGUUCAUGAAGGGCACCAAGGACAUCACCCAAUCGGAUCGGGUCAGCAAAGAGGUAUCCGAUGACUAUACCAGAUUCACAGUGCAGCAGGCCCAAAUCUCCGACUCGGGCACCUAUUUCGUUGUGGCACGUAACAACUUUGGCACGGACAGGAUAUUUGUUACCGUCACGGUAAACCCGCGCGCUCGCUCCGCAACGCCAACGCAACCUCGCUGGGGCCUACCCCUGGACAGUUACAGCGACACAUCGUAUUUCAGAGAUCCACCUGGCUGCAUAUCCACCGAACCGCUGGUCGUCGACUCCGGACCCACACACAUCUCCCUGUCAUGGGGCAAGCCCGUGAGUGCCAACUCGGCUCCGGUCAUUGCCUACAAGGUGGAGGCCUGGAUUUUGGGCCACGAGGGCGGCGCCUACUGGCGAGAGCUGGGACUGACGCCGAUCAACUCUUUCGACGCCUUCAAUCUGAAGCCCAAUGUGGAGUACCACUUCCGGGUCACGCCAAAGAAUCGCUACGGCUGGGGCCCGGCCGUCCAGACGAGCUCCGCUAUGCAGGUGGGUGGCGUCGAAUGCCUACCCGAGUUCGUCAAGAUCCUGCCCGGCCAGGUUAAGGCCCUGUUUGGCUCUUCCUUCACUCUCCAGUGCAACAUGCGAGGCGCCCCACGUCCCACAGUGACUUGGUACAAGGAUGGUAUUCAGCUGAGCAGCAGUUCUGAGCGCGUGAGGAUACGACAGAUUGGCUCUACCUGCGCCCUGACCAUAGCCACAGUCAGCGAUCUGGACUCUGGCCGGUACACCUGCGAGGCGACCAACUCCAAGGGCCGUGUCUCCACCUUUGCACGGCUUCAAGUUGUGUCCGACUCGCGGCUGUACGAGGCGGACUCCCGCCUGAAGGAAAUCGCCCAUGGACGCAAUGUGGCUGAGGUGGGGGAUUCGUUGCCAAUCUUCACCAUGCGUCUGCGGGAUCGCCGCGUCCAGGUGACCUAUCCAGUGCGUCUCACCUGCCAGAUUGUAGGCUAUCCCGUGCCGGAAAUUCUAUGGUACAAGGAUGAGGAGCUGAUCAACGCUGACAGGCGACACCUGAUCACAGCCGAUGGGCAGUUCUUUACUCUAGAGAUUGCUGCCACAACGCUGGACAUGAGCGGCAUCUACACCUGCCUGGCCAAAAACGAACUGGGCUCCGUUUCGUGCCACUGCAAUUUGGUAGUGGAUAAAGGCAUUCGUGCCUACAUCUCGCCUGACUUCUAUGUGCCUCUCGAUCCGUUCUAUGUGUUCCCCGAGGGCUCUGAAAUACGCCUGUCCACAAAGGUGGAGGCCUACCCAGCCGUAGGUGUCACCUGGCAUCGUAAUGGCAUGCGCCUGCGCCCCAGUCGACGUCUGACCGCCACCCUGGACAGCAAUGGAUACGUUGAGCUGAUCAUUGCCGAGGCCACUGUGCGGGAUGCCGGAAUCUAUGUGUGCGUGGCCUCCAAUGUGGUCGGCAAAGUGGAGACCAUUUGCCGCGUGGCUAUCGAGGAGGAGGAGCACAAAAUGGUGCCGCAGCGUUCACUGGAAAUACCCAGCAUCAAGACGGACGAUCUGCCUUACUCCAAGGAUCCCCUGUUUGUGGUCAAGCCUCGUUCCAGCGAGGCCUACGAGGGCGACAACGUCAUCAUAUUCUGCGAGGUGGUUGGCGAUCCCAAGCCCGAGGUGGUUUGGCUGCGUGAUUUUCUGAAGCCGGAGUAUUAUAAGGACGCGCCACAUUUUCGCAGGAUUGGCGAGGGCCCAGAGUACAGACUGGAGAUACCGAGCGCCAAGUUGGACUUUACCGGCACCUAUUCCGUCAUAGCCAGCAAUUGCCAUGGCGAGGCCAAGGCUGUAAUAUCGCUACAAAUAUUUGCCAAAGAUAUACUUAAAGAUAGCCGCAUGGAUAAGGUUCACACGCGACAUGGCAACAUCGAGACACUUCCGCGAUUCGUCCGAAACUUGAGAAAUUUGCGAUGCUGCGAUGGCGACGCCAUAUCGCUGGAGUGUCAUGUGGAGGCCAUGCCCGAACCGUACAUAAUCUGGGAGAAGGAUGGUCAUGUUGUGCCCAGCGACAGGGACUAUGUGAUGUCAUAUGACGGCACAAAGGCCAUUUUGAGCAUACCCCGCGUCUAUCCCGAAGAUGAGGGCGAGUACACAUGCGUGGCAAAGAACUCCGUGGGACGUACGCUUUCGUCUGCUUGCAUUAUCGUGGAUGUGCCCGAGGAGAAGGAGAACAUGCUGAGUCGCCAGCUAACACGGCCAAGCGGCCUGCUCUCUGCCCACUCGACGCCACGCUCCACUCCGCGGUCGACCCCCAAUCGAAGCUUCUCGCCCAUGCGUCGACUCUCGUACCGCACCAGCAGCAUCGAUCUGUCUGGAGUAGCGGAGCGGCGCCGUAGCGAUGCCCGUAACGCCUUUACAGCUCCCAAAUUCCUUGCCAUUCCCUACAACCGCGUUGUCGAGGAGGGUGACAACGUCCGAUUCCAGUGCGCCAUUGGAGGCCAUCCCACGCCCUGGGCCACCUGGGACAAGGACGGGCUGAUUGUCACACCCACCACGCGCAUAGCUGUGAAGGAAGUGGACGAUCUGCGCUUCAUCGAGAUCGAUGAGGUGAGCUUCGACGAUGCGGGCCUGUACCGCAUCACCCUUGAGAACGAUUUUGGGCGCAUUGAGGCCACCGCUCGGCUGGACGUCAUCCGAAGCUCACGCUAUUCCAAGUCCCCUUCAGUGCGCAGUGUUCGGGCCUCCUCCUCCCGCCGCAAUGCCUAUCUACAUAGACGAAUCAUGGGUCCAUCGACAGCUAUUGGCGGACGCAUGGCUCUGGCAAGCGGCUAUCGAGGCUCCUCAGUGCCGUCGGUGAGAUUCUACCACAACAACAUGGAGCUGGAGCCCACGGAUCGAGUGCACAUUCUACUGCAGCCGGAGGUCUCAAUGGCCAUGCUCAUCGUGGACAAUGUGACGCGAGAGGACGAGGGCGUCUACACCUGCAUCAUAAGCGGCGAUCAUGAUCCACUCAUUAGUUCCACGAGCGUUACCUUCCACGAACCUAACACUGAACAACAGCGACGUCGCGCUGUCAUUGCGGAACCUCUGGCCGAGAUCACCAAAGCGGUGGAGGGCGAGGCUAUCGAUCUGUGUUGCCUUAUCGACUGCGACCAGCCUUACAGCUACCUUUGGCUACGUAAUGGGGAAAUUCUACCAGAUAGUGACGAGUUUAACUACAUUGAUCACGGCAAUGGAUGCCUCUGUCUGCGCCUCAACGAACCAUUCGACAUUGACUCGGGCACUUACAGCUGUCAGGUGUUUACCUCUUCCUCAUCGCCCGAAAGCAAUGACAUCCUCCUUCAGAACUCCAACCCAGCCUCAGCCUCAGCCCCGGACAGCGACUGUGACUGCAGCAGCAGCGGGGAGCUAUGCGUUUUAGAGCGGGAUCUGUCCCAAAACGACGAGGAGUGCAUACAACUAUUAAAGACACCGCUGCCCGUGGUCUGUGGAGCGGGAGAGGAGGCGCUUUUCUAUGCGCGUGUUUUUCCCUGCGAAGCGGAAGCUGUCUGGUAUCUCAAUGGAAAGCCGCUCGCCGACGAGGCGGAUGACUCACUGAACAUGACGUUGGAGUCGUAUCCAGAGAACGGCAUUCGGGUGCUGCGCCUGCGAGACGUACAGCCCUCCAAGAGCGGGGAGAUUCGGCUGCAAAUAAAGCAUCCACAGACGGAGCGGCGCAUACCCACUGCCCGGACAUACACCAGUCUGCUGGUCUUGCCCAUUGUACGGGGCAACAGUAGUAGCAGCAACGGAUCCUCGUCGCUGGCUGCCAGAAGCUGUAUUUUGACACGCCCCGAAGAUUGCACCGCCCUCAUUGGCGGUCAUGUGCGGCUGAGCGUGCGCUACGACCCAUUCCCGGGCACCAAAGUCAUCUGGUACAAGGCGUGCCGUGCCAUUGUCGAGGGUUCCAAUGUGACGAUCCGUACGAGCUCUCAACAGUCGACGCUCUACAUAACGGACAUCUCGGCCGAUGACAGCGGCAAGUACACGGUGGAAAUAAUGAAUGACUACGGCGUGGAGGCAGCGGCCGCCUCGGUGGCCGUUGAGGGACCACCAGAGCCACCCAGCGGACAGCCGAGUGUAUCCCCCGGUCCAGAUCGCAUGGCGGUGGCGUGGUGUGGACCGCCUUACGAUGGCGGCUGCAUGAUUACGGGCUUUAUCAUUGAAAUGCAGAGCUGCGAUCCUGUGAACUGUGAUAAGGAAAACGAUGAAUGGCAGCAGGUGGCACGUGUUGUGGACACCCUGGCCUACACCGUCAAGAAUCUUCAACCCCAAAUGCAGUAUAGAUUUCGCGUGCGAGCCGAGAACAUACACGGACGCAGUGCGCCCAGCCAGGCUAGCGAACUGGUACAGAUGAGCAGCAGCCAGUACGGAGCCCGAGCGGGAGAGUCGACCACCGUGGACUAUGGACAAGCGGUGAGCGUGCAGUCUGGCGGCGAUUUCAAGGCGCGCUUCGAGGUCAUCGAGGAGCUGGGAAAAGGCCGCUUCGGCAUCGUGUACAAGGUGCAGGAGCGUGAUCAGCCGCAGCAACUGCUGGCCGCCAAGGUGAUCAAGUGCAUCAAAUCGCGCGAUCGCCAAAAGGUGCUCGAGGAGAUCUCCAUCAUGCGAUCGCUGCAGCAUCCCAAGCUCCUACAGCUGGCUGCCUCCUUCGAGAGUCCGCGGGAGAUUGUGAUGGUGAUGGAAUAUAUCACCGGUGGAGAGCUGUUCGAGCGUGUGGUGGCAGAUGAUUUCACACUCACGGAGCUGGACUGCAUUCUGUUCCUGCGACAGGUGUGCGAGGGCGUCGCCUACAUGCACAGUCAGAGCGUUGUUCACCUGGACCUGAAGCCGGAGAACAUCAUGUGCCAUACACGUACCAGCCACCAGAUCAAGAUCAUUGACUUUGGCCUGGCACAGCGACUGGACACGAAGGCACCCGUUCGGGUGCUCUUCGGAACUCCAGAAUUUAUACCGCCAGAGAUCAUUAGCUACGAGCCCAUUGACUUCAAGUCGGACAUGUGGAGCGUGGGCGUCAUUUGCUAUGUGCUGCUCUCUGGUCUUUCCCCCUUCAUGGGCGACACCGAUGUGGAAACCUUUUCGAAUAUUACAAGAGCGGACUACGACUACGAUGACGAGGCCUUUGACUGCGUUUCGCAGGAGGCCAAGGACUUCAUCUCCCAGCUGCUGGUGCACCGCAAGGAGGAGCGCCUGACUGCCAAGCAGUGCCUGGAGUCCAAGUGGCUGUGCCAGCGCCACGAUGACAAUCUCAGCAACAACAAGAUCUGCACGGACAAACUCAAGAAGUUCAUCAUUCGACGCAAGUGGCAGAAAACUGGAAAUGCUAUUCGCGCCCUGGGACGCAUGGCCACGUUAUCGGCCUCGCGAAGGAACUCAGCCAUCGCAAUGGGAGCCCUGAACAGUCCGCGACCCUCAAUCUCGGGCCUGGGUAUGCUGAGUGCCGCCAGCGCCCUGGUCAGUACUGUGAGCACGCAAAUGACAUCUCUGCACGAGGAGGAGGAUGACUUCAGUGUUGAAAUGCCGCACGUGGACAAGCGGUAUGCCCACGGAGCCCUGAAGCUGCGCGACAAGUCGCAGUGCAGCGAGCGCAGCGACUCCGGCUACAGCGAGUGCUCCAACUGCAGCCUGGGGGCGGCCGGCGUCGUGGCCCAGGAGACGCUGCUCCUGUCACUGGCCAAGUCCAAGCUGGAGCAGAUUGCCAAGGCGAGCAGCGGUCCUCUGCCAGUGGUCCUGGACUGUCCUGAGAGUCCUAUCACCCUGGAGCUGCCACCCAAAGGCGAAGCCAUAAUGCGCUCCGACUUCACCAACACUAUAAAGAUGCGGAAAAAGUCGCUGGAGGACAGUGCCAUGCGCGAGAAGCCGAAGCUGCAUGCCAAGCCCCUGUGCGAGUCCUCCAAGCUGAAGGUGUCCCAGUUGAAGGACAAAUUCCAGCAGACCAAAAUCGCUUCCGCUGCUGCUAACAAACCCAAGCUUGCCCUAGAGCCCAACAAGAUCACCAAGGUCGCCAGCGUGGGGCGCAUCCCUCGAACAGAAGAGCCAGGGAAAGCCGGAAGCAGUAACAGCAACUCUACUAAAGCUAAAUCCGCUCAAACCCGAUCCAUGCCUAGUUCACCGCUGCCUCAGCGUGCCGCCACACCGACGCGGCUGAUGAGCCAACGUGUCCGUGAGGCGACCGAGCGUCUUUCCCAACAGCACACUGUGGCCAGCGCUCAACGGCACAACGGCAAUGGCAAUGGCAAUGGCAAUGGGAUCACUAACGGCAACAGCAAUGGCAACGGUAAUGGAAACGUCCCAGAGAGCAGCCGAGAGUCACGUGCGCGACGUCUCAUCAAUAGAUUCAACGAAACGAAACAUAUCACGUCCUAGAUUUAUGUCGCAUAAACGCCGACGAACAUAACUUUAUUAUUACAGAAAUCAUUUGUUCAGACAAAACCCAGCAGAAAAUCUACGAACACUCGAAUAUAAAUAUGAAUAUGAAUAUGAAUAUGAAUGCGAAUGCAAUUGCGAUUGCGAUAGCGAACACGGGGUUAGAACACCCUCGCCCUCACCCCACACCCCAGCCACAGACACAGCCACACCAUAAACACAUUAUAAUACACAUCCACACCUCUGAUCAGAUCAGGCACUCGCCCAAAACGGGGGUAGGCACUGUACUUAGGCUAGAGGAAGCUAAAAAUUUAAAUUAUUGUAUCGAUUUAUAUACAUACUUAUUUACCAUACUAAUUAAAGUUAAUGUAACGAAGA